CCCCGGAGCCGGGCAGCCCGGAGCGCCCCUGCCCCGCUCCCAGCCCAACCAUGAUGUCCAUGAACAGCAAGCAGGCUUUCAGCAUGCACCCCAUCCUGCAUGAGCCCAAGUACCCUCACCUGCACACCAGCUCCGAAGCCAUCCGCAGAGCCUGCCUGCCCGCCCCCCAGAUCCAGGGUAACAUUUUUGCGGGCUUUGAUGAGACCUUGCUGCGGGGCGCCGAGGCUCUGGCCGCUGUGGAUAUUGUAUCGCAGAAAACCCACCCGUUCAAGCCGGAUGCCACCUACCACACCAUGAGCAGCGUGUCCUGCACUCCUACCUCGUCCUCCGUGCACCUGCACCACCCGUCCGUGCUGACCACCCACCACCCCCACCACCACCACCACCAGCCCGCACAGGGCCUGGAGGGAGAGCUCCUGGACCACCUCAACUCUGCGCUCCCCCUGGGAGGGGUGCCGGGUCCCGACGUGGGCUCCACGCCGUCCCACCCUCAUUCCCACAUGUCGGCCAUUAACCACAUGGCCCACCACUCCCAACCUAUGAACAUGUCCCACCCCCACGGCCUGGCGUCCCACGCCGUUAUCUCGGGCCCCGAGACAGAGACGGACCCGCGGGAGCUGGAGUCCUUCGCCGAGCGCUUCAAGCAGCGGAGGAUCAAGCUGGGGGUGACCCAGGCAGACGUUGGCUCUGCGUUGGCCAACCUGAAGAUCCCGGGGGUGGGCUGCCUUAGCCAAAGCACAAUCUGUAGGUUUGAGUCCCUCACCUUGUCCCACAACAACAUGGUGGCCCUCAAACCCAUCCUAGAAGCCUGGCUGGAGGAGGCCGAGCGGGCCCAGAGGGAGAAAAUGACCAAACCGGAGAUCUACACUGGAGGUGACAAGAAACGCAAGCGCACCUCCAUUGCUGCCCCCGAAAAGCGCUCGCUGGAGGCUUACUUUGCCGUGCAGCCGCGGCCCUCCUCGGAGAAAAUCGCCGCCAUCGCCGAGAAGUUAGACUUGAAGAAGAACGUGGUGCGGGUCUGGUUUUGCAAUCAGAGACAGAAGCAGAAAAGGAUGAAAUUUUCUGCCACUUACUGAAGAAGGGGCUGGGAAGGCGGCGGGGCAGUGCCUGGCCCCCCAGCCAAUGUGGCCCCCCAGCCAAUAUUCCCCCCCAGAGA